GAAGGAGCCGGAGCACAGCUCUUCCUCCAGGCCGAGGAAUUGCUGGCCUCUGAGCGCUACGGGGAAGCGGAGGCAGAAGCUCGGAGGGCGGCGCAGAGCUUCCGCGAUGCGGGCAGCACCGAAGGUGCUGUCGAUGCGGUACGCGUGGUGGUGAAGUCCCUCCUCGGGCAGGGACGCCGCGUCGAGGCUUUGGCCUUCGCGCAGGAGGAGAAGGAGAAUUCAGAAGACCGCACUGCUGUCGCGAAACUUUCGGUGUCAGUGGCUGAGGCCUCCCUGGGCGAUGCCGGAAGCCAGGCACAGGCCAAGGCCGGGCUGCAGGAGGCGAGGGGCGACGGCGACCUCGCCGGCUUGGAGAUGGGGCUCAGGCACGCCGGCGAGGCGAAGCAGAUGGCCCUGGAACUCGGCAAUCGUCGCCUUGAGGCGAUGUCGCUGCUGCUGAUGGUGGACGGCAAGGGGAUGAUGGCAUCCCCGGAAGAUGCCCUUGAAGUGGCCGACGAGCUGCUGGACUUGGCCUUAGAGCUAAAGGACAAGCGCUUGGAGGCCUGCACCUUGAGAAAGCUCUCGGCGUGGAACGGCAAGCUUGGAGAUCGUGAUCGAGCCAUUUCGGACGCGGAAGAAGCCUGGGAAAUCUACUGUGACCUGGAGUCUCCACAGGAGCCGCAAGCUCUGCGGGCCCUUGUGGAAGGCCUCCUUCCCGUGGACCCCCGUCGCGCCCGGCGGCUCUGCACCGAGUCCUUGAGCCGACUUCGCCAGAAGGGCCAGAAGUUGGCGGAGGUGGAGGUCGUUCGUCUGCUCGUGGAGGUUCUGCUCCGACUUGGCAGGUUGCAGGAGGCGGCCUCCGCGGCACAAGACUGCAUCCCCAUUUGCAAGGAGAUCGGAGCCACCGAAGCGCAGGCGGCCCUGAUCGUCCGCCUGGCCCGGGCGCGCCUGCAGGCCGGCGACUUCGAGAAGGCCAAGACCAUGGCAGAGAACGCAUGGACGAUGCUGGACGAAGCCAAGGCCACCGCACAAGCCGAGAAGGCAGAUGCCAUGGAGGUGCUCUGCGAUGCCCAGGUCCAGUCGACCGACCUCGAGGAUGCACUAGCGCGUGCCACCGACUUUCGCGAGCAUUUCGCGAUGGCUGGUGAUGCGAGGGGCCAGGCAAGGGCCUUGCUGCGAUGCGCUCAGCUUGAGCUGGAGAUGGGCGACUACGAGACGGCCUUCCAGAGCGCAAAGAAGGCCUGCAAUCUCUACCACCAGGAGAGGCAGAAGAGAGAGGAGGCGGAUGCGAAGCUGCUGUGUGGUAAGAUCUUCUGGCGGAAAGCCGACCACAAGGCGGCUGUGACGUGGGCUGAGCGAGCACGAGCUGCGUACCGUGAGCUGGAGCAGACGGAAGACGAGGUGGCCUGCCUCUGUGUCAUUUCCGAAAAUGCGGCACGCCUGGCUGCUCGCGAAGGCGCCAGCCUAGACGCAUCGGAGCCGGCGCCGCGGGCCGCUAGAGAUGCCUUGGAGAAGUCCUUGAAGUCUGCGGAGGCCGGGCUGAAGCUGCUGAAGGUGCACACGGCAGCUCCGGAGCUCCACGGGCAGCUGCUCUGUGCUCGGGCGCAGGCGCUGACUUUCCAAGGACGCUUUCUGGAGGCGCUCGGCAGCCUCGACGAGGCCGUUCUUCGAUUUCGGGAGCUCGACGAGUACGGAUUGGAGGCCAAUGCACUCCUACUCGCAUGCGACAACCUCUUCGCCUUGAAUCGGGCACGGGAAGCCGCAGAGGCAGCGACAGAGGCAUUGACGCUGUACCAGCACUGCCAGGACCUGGAGGGCGAAGAGCGGGCGAGGGUGUUGCUGAAGCACCCCAGCCUCAUCGCCACCGCCCGGCCCAGCGAGCCGAGACCGGGUGCACCCGGACCCAUCCCGGGAGCAGACGCGACGCCAGUGUGGUUGCAGCAGGCCGAUGCUCCAGUGGAGGAGGCCGCGCCGGUCGCCGCGCGGGCCGUGCAGCGCUCCACUGGGCCGGCGCUUGACAUGGCGUCCAUCACCCCCGAGGCAGUCAUGGCGAAGGUACGCGACAUCGUCUCUGCGGUCACUGGGACGGAGCUUGAGGAAAUCGACACGGAGACACCGCUCAUGGAGGCGGGUCUCACAAGCAGUUCCGCGAUCGUGAUGCAAGAAACGCUGAGCAAGGAACUUGGCAUGAAGCUCCCCAUGACACUGGUCUUUGACUACCCGACAAUCGCCGACAUGGCAGAGAUGGUCCAAGAGCAGACGUCGCAGAAGGCAAUCAAGGCCAACCUGCCUGGGCGCCGCCGGUGGAUUUCGGACCUUCCUGACCUGGGCGAUUUGGAUCGCAUCGGGCUGGACUCGUCGGACGAGGAGGAUGAGAAGGGCGACCGCUGGCUUCAUCCACGACGCGUACGAACGCGACAUGGAAGAAAGCUUCGACAUGCCACGACGAGAGCGGCAACGUCGUCGUCAGUAGAUUGCCACAUUUGUGCAUUGGAUGAGCAGCGUCGGGUCUGGUUAUGGGCAACGUGCCGGGAUUCCCACGACUAUCAGCAAAAGGAGGUCUUGGAGAAGGGUGCAGAACCACCGCUGGUCCUGGCGGGAUGCCUGCAAGUGGCAAGUGGCGCGGUGACAUUAGUAGCUCCGAGUGGCCACAAUCAAGUCUUCGCUUGGGGCUCGAACGCCACGGGACAGCUUGAACUGCAAGACGCUUGUGGAUUCUCCGAUCGCUCCCUGGCGGAGCAGGUGCAGCUUCAGGCCGUGCCCACUCUGCGCAGCGCUUCCUGGAUAGGCGGUGGACUGCACAGCACGGCAGCGCUGGUGGGUGGACGCAUGAACAGUUGGGGCAAGGCAGAGGACCCUCCGGUGUUGCGGCCUCGAGAUCUUGAGGGGCUGUCGAGGUCGAGAGUGCGAGCGCUGUAUUGUGGAGCCCAUCACAUGUUGGCCAGCACGGAGGGCGGAGACCUAUUUGUGUGGGGUUGUGGCUUGACGCAUGGGUUGGCCAACCGGCCACGUGACGUGUCAAGCCCUACGGAUGCAGAUGAGGAGCCCACGGAUGAGCUGAGACCCUACCAGGUGUCUUCGGAACAGCGGCAGAAGCGCUUUGUGAUUGUGGCAGGUGGGGGAGCUCAGCACAGCGUGGACCUGGCAUGGGGCGGCGAGUACAGCAGUGGCGAUCCAGCCUCGGAGACGCCGAUGAAGAGGAGAACCACGGAGAAGGAAGUCGCAGAUGAUGCGGGCAUGCUCAUCCUCGCUCCUGGGACUUCUGCUGCGUAUAUGAUGGCAGGCUUUGGUUUCGGGGCUUCGAGCGGAAGUAGCCCGGCCUGUGGAGCAGGCACGGCUGGGUCGGUGAUCGAUGAAAUCAUGGUGCCGCCUCAGGAAAACAGCUUCGCGGGCUUCCCGAACUUGGAUGAUGGCAAGUCGCAGUGCGACACCUGCUCCUUGCGUUGGGAUGGAACCACGAUCCAAUGCAAGGCUUGUGAAAGCUACAAGCCUGGGUUUUCCGAAGAAGAUGUAGCCAAGAUUGAGGCCGAGAAGGAAGCACACAGGGCCUCAACCGUAGCCAUGUUUCGAAGCUCUUCGGAUGCACAACCGACAGGCUGGUUUUGGGGGUGGGGGCAGCACAAGUGGCACGCCUUUUGGCACAGGCAUGGCUGCGUCAGUGGUUUUCGAGUUCGGCGCACGCACUCCGGCGCAAUCUGGUUGCGCUGGCACAUCUGCAGGUUUUGUGGGUGGCUUUGGCAGUGGCUUUUGCAGCGGCUUCGGCAGCAGCUUUGGCCAGAGCGGCAGCAGCAUGGGUGCUGCCACAUGCGGUUUCGAAAAGUAGUAAUCGGAGAUGUUUUUGUCCAUGGAAGUGGCGAAUGCGAUCAGCUCGGUCUGGGCGAUGAUAUGCGAGAGCGCAAGAAGCCCACGCUCUUGAACUCCCUAUUCGGGCAAAGCAUUUGCGAAGUUGCAGGGCCCCAUCAUCGUUGCAGCCCCAGCUGUACACAGCCUCCCCUGUGGAAAGACAAAGAACGUGCACCUUCCGAUGGUUCGGAUGGUGGCCCGUCGGAUGUGGAGCCUCAUCCGGUGACGAUGCCCUGUGGAGUCGCAGUUCGCCAUGUUUCGUGCAGAGACUGCUGCAGCUUUGCCUUGGAUGAGAUGUAG